AUGCGUAGGGUUACCAUUUUAACCAAUUUUGGACGCAAAAAAAGGUAUACAUUUCCAAGGGAGGAAAAAAAUCCAUUCGUGCUUUGCAAAAGCAGAAGUGUAGGCACAACCCAUGCGGCGAUAAGAAGCACAAAUGGCGACAAUGUAAAGACAAAGUUAGAAAAAAAAGAAGAUGAUAUAAUUUUACACAAAUCAACAUGGUCAUCCGCCCCCUCCCCAUUAAGUGAUUACCAGCAGUACAACACAAAUGAUCUCAUCAAAGUUUUAAAUUUAUACAUAAAAUCCAAAAGUGACAAUAUUGAAUUGUUGAGAAAUGUUUCGAUAAAUUUGCUGCUGAAUAAAGAAAAACUAAGAUACGGGGAGAUAGUUACAUUAUUAAAACAAUUCUCCGUGAUAAAAUGCAAAAAUUAUUUUUUAUUUUGUUAUUUUAAAGAUGUCCUCACCGAAAACAUCCAUUUAAUUACUUGCGAUGAUUUAGUGGACAUAUAUUUCUCCUUCACUAAUUUGAAUUAUUUUCAUCAUAAUUUUUUUUUCCUAAUUGAGAAGAGAAUAUUUCACAACUUCCAUCUUUUAAAUUUAAAAAAAUUAAUUUGCUUGAUACAAUGCUUUAAUAGAAAAAAAAUUAUCUCCAAAAAUUAUUUAACGAUAUUACUUUAUAGCAUAUCAAAAAAUAUAAAUGAAUUCGACACUUUUCAGCUUUCUGUCCUUUUCGUUUUUUUUAAAAAUUUUAAGAUAAAUAAUAGCAUCCUCAUAAAUUCAUUAAUUCAUAAUUUUAAUCAACAUGUGAAUCUCAGCUCUGAAUCGAAGCAGCUAGCCAUUUUUUACAAUUUUUUGUCUUACGUUGGUAAGAAGUGCCAUAGGAAUUAUCACUAUUUUGCAAAGGAGAAGGAACUCAUCGGCUUUAUAAGGAAUUUUUCUUUGCGCUAUGAGGACCAGUGGGAGUGGGGCCCAAAUGGGCCCGGCAGAGCCAUAGGGGGAGAGGGUUGCACAGGGGUAGACACCAACGGGCUCGACGACGGGGUGGGGGACGCGGUUGUCCACUCGGUUGCUGUUACCAAUGGCGAUGCCUCCACCGAUUCAGGGGCAACCAUAAAAAGAAGGCUUUCCAUUUUGGAGAGUAAUUUCCUCAUUCAAAGCGACGAACUGCAAACCCUCAGGGAGCAUACUAGGGCCCUAAAGCAGAAUUCGUACAAUGUCAAUGUGGUGUACUCCAUUAAGAACGCUUUAAAGAACGUGGAAGCGAUAACGAGGAAGAAAUUGAAAAGCAUGCCGAUUGAGUCCUUGUGCUUCAUAUCCUCUUCCGUAGCAAACAUAGAUAAAAACAAAUUCCUCUUGGAAAAAGUCGCAGAGGAAGUUGGUAAGCAGUCGACCAAACUGACUCCCCUGCUGGUGAGUUUUCUGAUGCUAUCUUUUAGCAAAGCGGGUCACAAACAUGGGAGUCUAAUUUACUACUCGCUGCAAUUUUUUUAUAAAUAUCACAAUUUUUUUAGUGUCAAUGAGGUGGGACUGCUCUCUAAGGCGCUGCACAAUUUUUCCCUUAAGGAGAACGAAUUUGUGGACGUGCUGAAUGGGUUUAUGUUGAGCGCCAUGGGUGAUAGCAGCAGUGAUAGCAACAGUGAUAGCGGCACUAAGGAGUGCGGUGAGGGACGCGGCGGUAGCCACCCGCGUGGAGACCACUUCAAUUACAAUGCGGAUGAUGGGACGUCCGCUGGACAACAGGUGGAGAAGCUCUUUUUCGAAAUCGAGAAGAGAAUCGAUAAAAGCAUUGAGCAGAUGAAUUAUGAAGAUCAAUUCACUAAUUUGAGGAGCAUCCAUAUAGAGCAGGAAGAUAAGAGUUACAAGGACGCAAAGGAAAGGGCAGAUGAGCGUGAAAAUAAAAGGAUGUACAGUGAUUUUGUAAACUUUAGCUUUAUUGAUUAUGAAAAUAUAAAAAUGAACAAUUAUUAUGCAAACAAUUUGUACAACAUAAAAAUGGAGAGCAAGAUUUAUAUAAAUAAUGUCAUAUACAUUUUGGAGUACUAUGCUUUCAACCUGGUGAAUAUUCCCGAAAUUUUGGACCGUUUCUGUGACUUUUUUUUAAAAAGAAACAUAAAUUAUAUCCUCUACUCGAGAAUAUUUUACGCCUUUUAUCUGCUGCAGUACAGAGGGAGUAAAGUCUAUCAAAUGAUUGACAGAUUUAAUGAGUGCCAGCCUCUAUACCAAGUGAUGUACAAGGAGAGACACAUGGAAAAGCUGUUGGGGUCGCUAAUUUAUUUUUAUGAAAACAAAACGGAAGAGAAUAAAAUGGAGAGCAUUUACUUUUACGUUCUGUCCAAGAGGUACUUUUCAUUUAUUUUUAAUUUUUCAAAAUAUAUUUUAACAUUUUUGUUUAUUAAGAAUAGUAAUUAUGUGCUACACAAAUUUUUGGUUGAUAUAGGGGAAAUAUCGUUGAGCAUGGGCGAUUACAUUUAUCUGCACAAACCAAAUAGAUUGUAUUGA